AUGGAGCCACUCGAAAACUUACCGAAGCCAGACCGGGGCGAGUUGCUUACAAGAGUCAUUGUCAUCGAUGCGCUCGAUGAGUGCAGCCCUCACGAUGAAUUGGAAUCCAUCAUCAAAUCAUUGUCCAAUCUUCGACUCCUCAACUCUAUUCGACUUUUGGUGUUUGUCAAUGGCAGAGUAAUUCAUCCGCUAGUUGAUGCGUUCCAUAAUCUGGACAACAAAGGCGUCAAACACCACAGGCUGGCUUUGCAAACUGAUUUCAGGCAACAGACAGAGAAGGACAUCUCACUAUUCUUAAAAGAGACAUUCCAAGAGAUCAGGACUAGGCGGAAUGUUCUUGAAGAUCCAUGGCCUGAACCAGAUGACAUGGAAAAGUUGGUGAGGUUGGCCACGAAUCCAUCACCUCUGUUUAUUUAUGCGUCAACACUUUGCCUGUUUGUGGACGAUGGAAAAGGCAGGAAGAGCCCGAUUAAGCAAAUCAAAAUUUGGCUCAGCCAACGAAAGAGUGCAUCGCAACCUGACCAGAUUUACCGUCCAGUUUUUCAUCAACUUCUUCUUGGAACCUAUGAUGAUGCCGAUGAUAGAGCAAAGCUGAGUCCUCCAGACGAUGAAGACAAAGACCAGGUGAUUUUCUUCCUAGGAUCAAUCUGUCUCCUCUCUUCCCCACUUUCAAUUCCGGCACUGGCAGUUCUUCUAGAUAUUGAAGAAGACGAUAUUGACUGUUGGGUUCAAAAUCUUCAUGCUGUUCUGAAUGUUUCACAGAAUCGUCAAGAUCCUGUUGACAUUCUCCACAAAUCAUUCUCGGAUUUCAUCUUGUCCCUCAAGGGAAUUGGAAUCAAUAACAUCACCAUUGAUCCAAGAGAGAUUCAUGGAAAACUAGCAUUUAACUGCAUUGAAUUGAUGAAAAGAAAGCUUCAUCAGAACAUUUGUCACAUCGGCCAUGUAGGUCCAGUUGAUAUGGAGUCAGAGGACAUGGUUUCCCUUUCAAAAAACCACAUUUCUUCCGAGCUUGCGUAUGCUUGUCUCAAUUGGAUACACCAUUUUAUCAACAGUGAUCAUGACAUCAUCGAAGUGAAAGAAAUUGAAAGCUUUUUAGAGACCCACUUGCUUCACUGGAUUGAGGUGCUAGCACUGUUGCAUGAGCUCCCUGGCGGUCCUAGUUCAAUCGGAGCUCUCAGCAAAAGAUCAAGGUGA